AUGAAUGCAGUCGGGGACCAUUUAGUUGCGCGAGCAACGGACGAUUCGUUUGUCAAUAUGUUGUCAAACGCUUUAAUCCGUAUCGUGAACAACAACGAAUCUAGGAAAGGUGUGGUAACACGUUUUCACUCGAUGAGCGCGCCGCCAAUUUCAAUUCCAGACUAUGUUAAUCGCAUCGCUCGGCACGUACGCUGUAGCAACGAAUGUUUUGUCUUGGCACUCGUAUAUAUCGACCGUAUAACAAAGAUGCACAAGAAUUUUGUGGUGUCUAUCCUCAACGUGCACCGUCUGAUCAUAACUGCCGUUAUGCUCGCUGCAAAGUUCAGUGACGACGUUUACUUCUCAAACAAGUUCUACGCGCAAGUCGGAGGUGUUAAUGUUACCGAGAUCAAUAUGCUCGAGUCACAGUUUUUGAGCAUGCUGAAUUUCCAGCUUUACGUAAGUGCACUGGAGUACGAAAGUUGCCGUAUGGAAGUCGAGAAGACCAAUUACUUGGGAUCGGUGCCCGCUAAUGUUUGGGGUCUUGCAUGGUACAACGCAGCUGCAAAGCGCUCCGAUGUUGUCGGCAAGGAGUCUGGCCAAAUGUCGAUGAUGCCCUAUGCAAGUACCCAGCCCACUACAUUGGCGUGUAGUACACGCUCCUAUGAGGGCAAGAAUGUAAAUGAGCAGGAAACCGUUGCACAUUCCGGGCAUUUUACAAAUGUUUCGUCUGCCCGACAGUACUGCAAGGGGUCGAACCCCUGCGUCCAUUACUCCGCAUCUAACCAGGAUGCAACAGUUGAAAACUAUCCGAUUGGUGCAGUAACGGGCUUUGCGCGGCCUGUGGAAAAUUAUCCGCGCCAGUCGACACGACCGUCAACUGGUUACCAUGUGCUCUCUAAUGUGCACAUGCCACAAAUCGCUUCUACACCGCGCGUUGAACCUCCAGGCAUUGCUACACCGUUGGAUCGCUUUAUGCCUGUACCUGCGGACGCAUGUGGAGUGUUUAGCGACAGGAAUACAUCUGACUAUUAUAAUCGUCUCAUGUUCCCGGCCGCUCCAUUCUGCAAACAAUAUGCGAGUGACGACUCGGCUCUCCGUCCCCCUUCACACGCGAUGCUGAACCGUAUGUGUACACAGCAUGUGGACUACGUGUCUCAUCCUCAAUCCUGGUGGAGCAGCCAUAAGCGUGCGCUUCCCAUGGGGUGCGAACCGCCUUUUGGCGUCGUGAAUUCGGUAAACAGCGCGGAAGGCUUUAUACCGUUCAUGAGUGCCUUUGAGAUGCGUCGCCGCGAGAGUUUGAAGGGUAAGUGCGCCCCUCGUUCGGACACCUGGAACUAUAAGGACAAUCGUCAGCUGUAUCGAUCUAGGAAUUUAAUUUCAUGCAACAAGAUCAAGGAAGCGGCUUAA